AUGCCGUCGCAUGUUCGCCCUUCACUCCAGAGUUCGGGUCUCUCCAAACGCUCCUUUCGCUCCCACGCCUCCCUCUUCGAGGCCGACGACGAGCGAUCGUCGAGCGACGAAGAGAUGAGCGCGCACGACAGCACCCUCCCCGGCAGCGGCACCGACGACGACGACGUCCACGGCCACGGCCACGAACGAGCCAUCCACCGCUACCCGGGCCACGAUGCUCGGCCGACGAGCCGCAAGGAGCUCGCGGGCUGGUACGCGUACGCGUUUGCGGCCGAGACGUACGUUGUCUGCGGGAUAGGCUCCUUCAUCCCCAUACUUCUCGAGUCUCUCGCGCGGGAGAACGGCGUGCUUCUCUCGGACCCGACCAAGCCGUGCCGCUCGAGCGACAGCAAGGUUGGCGGCGGCGACGGCGACGGCGACGGCAACGGCCAGUGCGUCGUCUACGUCCUCGGGCUCGAGAUUAACACGGCCAGCUUCGCCAUGUACACCUUUUCCCUGAGCGUCCUGCUGCAGGCCUUGCUCGUCGUCAGCAUCAGCUGCGCCGCCGACCAUGGCAACUACCGGAAGAAGCUCCUCCUCGCCUUCGCCUGGGUCGGCAGCGCCUCCGUCAUGGCCUACCUCUUCGUCACGCGCGAGACGUACAUUCUCGGGGCCAUCUUCACCAUCGUGUCCAACACCUCCUUCGGCGCCUCCUUCGUCCUCCUCAACUCCUUCCUCCCGCUCCUGGUGCGCAACCAUCCGGAGGUGCUCGCGGCCGAGAGCCGGCCGUCGUCGACGCUCGCCGGCCCGAGGCGAGGCCCGCCGCGACGUGACGACCGCUCGACGGACGCGAGCGAUGCCGCCGCGACGUCGGCGCUGCUCGCCGACGAGUCCGAGGCCGCCGCGCCGAGGCGGCGUCUCGUGCGGACGGCAACGCACGAGGAGAUGACGUCGACGGAGCUGCAGCUGUCGACCCGUCUCUCGGCCCAGGGCCUCGGCAUCGGAUACUCGGCCGCCCUCCUCGUCCAGUGCAUCUCCAUCGGCAUCCUCGUCGCGCUCAGGAACACGACCUGGUCCCAGCGGAUCGUCCUCUUCUUCGUCGGCUCCUGGUGGGCCGUCUUCACCAUCCCGGCCGCCCUUUGGCUGCGGCCGAGGCCGGGACCGCCGCUGCCGUUGAAGAGGCGGGCCGGCAGCCUGUCGUGGCUGUCGUACCUGACCUUUUCGUGGACGUCCCUCUUCCGCACCAUCAAGCUCGCCCGCCAGCUCGUCGACAUCAUGCUCUUCCUCGCCGGCUGGUUCCUCCUCUCCGACGCCAUCGCGACGACGUCGUCGACGGCCAUCCUCUUCGCCAAGACCCAGCUGCACAUGCGGCCGUGGGCGUUGGGCAUGAUCAACGUCAUCGUCACCUCCACCGGCGUCUGCGGCGCCUUUGGUUGGUCCUGGGUCUCUCGCGCCCUCGGCCUGCAGGCCCAUCACACCAUCCUCGUCUGCAUCGCCCUCUUCGAGCUGAUCCCGCUCUACGGCCUCAUGGGAUACCUCCCCUUCGUCCAGCGCUGGGGCGUCAUCGGCCUGCAGCGGCCGUGGGAGAUGUACCCGCUGGCCGCCAUCUACGGGCUCGUCAUGGGCGGCCUGAGCAGCCACUGCAGGUCCCUGUACGGCGAGCUGAUCCCGCCCGGCUCCGAGGCCGCCUUCUACGCCCUCUACGCCAUCACGGACAAGGGCUCGAGCGUUUUCGGCCCGACCAUUGUCGGCUACAUCAUCGACACCACCGGCAGCAUCCGACCGGCAUUUUGGUUCCUCGGCGCCCUCGUCGCCCUGCCCGCGCCGCUCCUCUGGUUCAUCAACGUCGAGCGCGGCAGGCGGGAGGGCGAGAAGCUGGCGGAAACCAUUGACGGUUUCAAACUCUCGGCCGAGGAGCGAAUCGACGAGGACGAGACGCGAGGAAUGAUGGCCGCCUACGACGAGGAGCGGUAG